CUCUUGUCCCCCUGUCCCCUCUCCUUUUCCCCUAAGCUGUUGAGCGGCUCAGAUAGACAGCACGGAGAGUUGGUGCUGGAGCAGAAGCGGGCGACAGCUGGCGUUGCCCCAGUGACCGCCUGGACAACGGUGCAAGACAAUGGAGCGCGUGCGGGGAAUGGAACGGCGCUAGAAUGGGGAAGAAUCCCACACGUUCCUGAGUGGAAUGGUGCAGCGCGCCGAGCUCGCUCUGCGCAGUCGGCAACAGGCGGAGGAGACAAUGGAGAUACAGCAAAUGUGCACAAAAUUAUGCCAACAUAAACGCCAUGAUCUAAAGGAUGAUGUUUCUGAGAAACAGUGUCCAGUGACUGUAAACCCUCGUCAUAUGAAAAAAGCUUUUAAAGUUAUGAAUGAACUGAGAAGUCAAAAACUUUUGUGUGAUGUAACACUUGUAGCUGAAGAUACUGAGAUUCCAGCACACAGAGUCGUUCUGGCAGCUUGCAGUCCAUAUUUCCACGCAAUGUUUACAGGUGAAAUGAGUGAGAGCAAAGCAAAGAGAGUUCGCAUAAAGGAAGUGGACAGCUGGACAUUGAACAUUCUCAUUGACUAUGUUUACACAGCUGAACUUCAGGUUACAGAAGAGAAUGUACAGGUAUUACUUCCAGCAGCAGGACUACUGCAGUUACAGGAUGUGAGAAAGACCUGUUGUGAUUUCCUGGAGUCCCAGCUUCAUUCUACUAAUUGUUUAGGGAUUCGAGCUUUUGCUGACAUGCAUGCCUGCACUGAACUCUUGAAUCAAGCCAACACCUAUGCAGAACAGCAUUUCUCAGAGGUUGUGCUGGGAGAGGAAUUCCUCAAUCUUGGUAUAGAUCAAGUGUGCAGUCUGAUUGCCAGUGACAUGCUUACAAUCUCAUCAGAAGAAAAGGUUUUUGAAGCAGCCAUCUCCUGGGUAAAACAUGAUAAGGAACCCCGGGAGGAGCACAUGGCCCGACUGAUGGAACAUGUUCGGCUACCUCUUCUCACACGUGAAUACUUGGUGCAGAGAGUAGAAGAGGAGACGCUGGUUAAAAAUAGUAAUGCAUGCAAAGAUUACCUCAUCGAAGCGAUGAAGUAUCAUUUGCUUCCAGCUGAUCAACGUGCAUUGAUGAAAACAACCAGAACAAGAUUAAGAACACCAGUCAGUCUUCCAAAGGUUCUGGUAGUGGUUGGUGGUCAGGCGCCAAAAGCUAUCCGCAGUGUGGAGUGUUAUGAUUUUGCAGAGGAACGUUGGUACCAAGUUGCUGAACUUCCCUCUCGGAGGUGCAGAGCAGGUGUGAUGUAUAUGGGUGGGUUGGUUUAUGCUGUUGGAGGUUUUAAUGGUUCAUUAAGAGUGAGGACAGUUGAUUCAUAUGACCCAGUCAAGGACCAGUGGAUGAGCAAUGCUAACAUGCAGGACAGGCGGAGCACUUUGGGAGCAGCAGUACUGAAUGGAUUGCUAUAUGCAGUGGGAGGAUUUGACGGAAGUACAGGUUUAUCAUCUGUAGAGGUAUACAAUGUCAAAGCGAAUGAAUGGUUUCAUGUAGCCGCAAUGAACACUAGAAGGAGUAGUGUUGGUGUGGGUGUUGUAGGAGGUGUGCUGUAUGCUGUAGGUGGCUAUGAUGGGGCAUCUCGACAAUGUCUUAGCUCUGUAGAGGCCUACAACUCAGUCAAAAAUGAAUGGACUUACAUUGCUGAAAUGAGCACACGUCGCAGUGGAGCAGGUGUUGGAGUUCUAAAUGGUUUACUCUAUGCAGUUGGAGGUCAUGAUGGCCCACUGGUGAGGAAAAGUGUGGAAAUGUAUGAUGCCUCUGUAAAUUCCUGGAAGCAGGUUGCAGACAUGAAUAUGUGCAGAAGGAAUGCAGGUGUCUGUGCUGUAAAUGGUCUGCUGUAUGUAGCUGGUGGAGAUGAUGGCUCCUGUAACCUUGCAUCUGUGGAAUAUUACAACCCAGCAUUAGAUAAAUGGAUACUUCUACCACAUUGUAUGAGCACAGGAAGAAGUUAUGCAGGUGUUACAGUAAUUGACAAACCUUUAUGAUUAAAGUACACUGGAUACGUUGAACAUUGGAUUCUGCAUUGAAAUGGUAUUUCAUGAAGUAGCUCAACUUUUUAGCACUUCUUUGCUGAUGAUCACAUUAGAAUCAAGCAUUUAAAGCAGCGUGGAAGAGGGCAGACAACCAUGUCUUGUCAGCAAGAAUAGAAGAUUAUGAUGAUUGCACUUGAUAGAAGCACUACAUGGAAAGGAGCUACAUUACAGCUUUUAGCAAGUAGUGUUGGAAUGGAGCCUUGAAGUAUAGGAUUUGAAAUUCAAAAGCUGCUAUAGAAAUACCGACAUGUCGGGCAAGAUAGAUUUGUGAUGUGUGAAACAAAGCAACACUUCGCUAUGGACACUACAACUAGUGGCUUCACAAACCUUGUGAAAAACAGAGUAAUGGUUAUAAUUGUAUAGUGGCAAAGAAACUGGUUCCAUAUGUUUAACUAUGGAGAUUGAUGUGUAAGUUGCCAACGGUUACAUUUUGGUUACAGGACCAUACUUUUAUCUACCUUUUGCUGUUGGCGGCACUUCAAGACUUGAUUAAAUAUUUAAUUUAUUUUUGAUUCGGUACUAAAAAAAUACCAAUCAAGAGUAGUAGUAUUUGUAGAUAUUGAAAAUUUAACACUAAGUUAUCAUUUGUGGAAGAAAAAAAAAGACUGUACCAAAACCUUUAAAUGCAUUUCCAAUUUUAAAUUCAUGCAACUAAUGAGUGCAGGAAGAUUUUGAAAUGUAUGAUUUGUUCUUUGUUUCUGUUAAAUCAUGACCAUGUUUUGAUGCAUUCCUAUUUUUUCUUGACUCUUGGUUUACUUGUUCUUGGCAUGAAGAGUAGUGUUGUAAGUUUACAUUAUUAAAUAAUGUGCAUUUUCCCUGAAUUGCAUGUUGUGUUGCCAAUGUACAGUAUAAUUAUGUACUGGUUGCAUUUUGCUGCUUUUCUUUUGAGUAACACUUGCCAGUUAUGUUUAGUGUUCUGCUUAAAUUCUAUAAGAAAUAUGAACACAAAUUUAUUUGUUUGGGGUGGGUUGGGGGGCGGAAUAACUGUUCCUACAUUACUCAAGUUGUUUAAAUAAAGCUUUCUAUUGUG